GCAGACACGCUAUCAGGACUAUGCACCAACUCUUACUAGGCCACCUCCUCCUCACCCUAAUUGCCGCUGACAGCACAGACCACCUCCAUAAAGAACCGGCUAUCUUCCAAACGAUCGGAGAAGUAGCUACCGACACUACCACCAACCUCAUCAUAGGCCGACUGGACAUCACCCCGAUUCAGGAGCAACUGAGUCACAUACAAAACAUCAUGCAGUAUGUGGCCAAGGCCAAAAGGAAUCUCAACGGAACUGAUAACCGCAUCAUCCAGAAGCAAAUAGGCGCAAUCAAUAUCAACCUAGAGCAUUGCCUAAUCAGGCUACAAGAGAUCCAACAGCUCGACCGGGUAACCCCUCGUCAGAAACGGGCUGCCAUGGUCAUGGCCGCCGCCCUACUGACCAUCGGAGGAGCAUUGGGAAUGGCGUUCACCAAUCACCAUCUUUCAAACAGCAUUGAUGAACUGGAAGCAAGGCAAGACCAGACCAUCCAUUAUGUGGACGCUGCCGCGAGACAGAUCCAGAACAGUGCUUGGCAAGUCCAAAGACUAAACGAGACAGUCCACGACCUGGUCCUGCACGAGAUGAAGUACGAAUCCCGAAUAACUAAACAGCAACAGUACCUGCGGAACUACCUUCAGGUGGAAGCACUCAUCUCACUAUCCCAAUAUGCUGUCACCCAAGCCACCCAAAACAUCCACGCCAUCCUCGACACAUGGACAGAGGCCUUACACGGGCAAAUCACUAUCGAACUGUUCCAUCCAGAUUUGGUCAGAACCACCCUACGGAAAAUGUCCAAUCAAGCCAAUGGCCCGUUGCGACUAGCCUUUGAUCCUACUGACCUGGAGGCCUUUUACAAACUCCCUUGUCACACAGACAUCAAACAUGGCAAGUUACGGAUAGUGGUCCCAGUCCCUGUCUACAACAUCAAGGAGACCUUCUCUCUAUACCGGCACUUGGCUAUGCCCCUCUUUACUACACAAGGCCAGGAAAUGGUAGUACGAAAUCCUAAGGAUUACCUUAUUCUCAAUGAAGAAGGUACCCUCCACCAGGAAUUGGAUCAAGCCGACCUAAGUACAUGCCUCAAGGUGCGACAACUCUACCUGUGCCCUCAGAUACGAGUGCUGAUAAAAACAGCCACCACCAGCUGCCUUUUCGCCCUGUUCCAGGGUCACGCCGCCAACAUCCGACAGAAAUGCCCGCUUGCUAUUCCACCACCAAGCAAAGGAAUGGAAUUCCACCAAGUAGGACCUGAAACCUUUCUCGUCCUAACUCGUCAAAUUGAAAAGGCCCGCAUUACCUGCCACAACGGAACCACCGUCGAGAGAGAGUAUUUACCUGGAACCACAACCCUAACCCUUCCUAACGGGUGCCGAUUCAGCACGGCAGACCUUUAUGUAUCAGCCACUCGAACCGGCUGGAUAGGCCAGGAAGUGAUAAUCACCCGCCCUCCUACAAUCCCGCCUAUGGAUCUACUCGCCCUGAUUAACCACCAUCAACCCCACGACCCCAUCCAAGACAACGAGUUGAAACGCAUGCUCACACAGUGGAACGUCACCACCACACAGGAACCUCUCCCUUUAGCCGACCUCACUACUGCAGCCAUCCGCGCUCACCAACUUGUAAGAACCCAUACAUCAGUCCGUUACGGGGUUGCCACCCUGCUCGUCGUCGUAGGCAUGAGCCUGCCCAUCAUCGGCUAUGCUGUUUAUCGCUGGCGCCAUCGCCAAAACCGAUAUCCUCCCGCCGCCCUCCAGCUCCACGUCACCAGUAGCCCCGACCCUGUGGACCGACCAAGGAACCCCGGAGAUGAUACUGCAACGAGGACGCAGCAGCCUUUGUUACCCGGGGGCAACUGUAGUGAAACGGCCGUUUCUGGGAACUCGGGAAGUCAGUUUCCUAGAAUAUUCUAGACGGUAACAAAGCUAGAAUCCCAGAACGUUUCGGGGACCGAACAAAGGAAACCGGUUAUUAUGGCGAAAUUCAUAUGCAGCCAAGGGCAAAGAUCCAGCUUGCAAAAACCCACCAAUCAGCAAGCUGGAAACGGCAUAAUUUGGAGAAUUAUGAUCUUUAUCCGACCACUGGCUUUUGAGGAAAGUGCAUUGGCCGGUACAGCCUGACAGUUAGCAACAUAGGCCCUCACAUCUUGUAUAUAAACCCUCACCCCUGCCCCUAAUAUUAAGUUCUAGUUCAGACUUCAUAGUGUUAAGUGCUCUCUCCUUUACUUGAAAAAAGUAUACUCUGACAAUCGUCCAAGAUUAGCGUUUUCAGUGCUCCAGUACAUACCAACGUAAUUCUCCAAGUGUUUCCCAAGUCGCCAUUUGGUUUGUCUUGACAAGUGGAGUCAAGGUCCGAAUCAUUACAUUAUCUAGACAUAACCAAGGCUACAGAUUGAAGUAAAAUAAUCAUUAGACAUGGAUUUUGGCCCAUGUACACCGUCAAAACCUUGAGAUUUUGAAAAUGUCUCUGACAUCCUGGCAAUUUUCGAUCACACAAAGGGUAGCUAAAUUCAAGUUUUGUGUCACAAUUUUGAGUGAUGCUUUAUAAUCACCGAGAUUGAGGUCAAGAUCUCUCCCUCGAAGGGCUUACACAAUUGAAACUUGAAAUAUGUGGUCACUCUGGUGUCCCUUUUCUCGUUUACUCGUUUUUUUAUGCUCUUCGUCUGGUUUGGAGGCAGCAGUACGGUGGUCGACGUGUCUCCAGGCAGCCUCACGGGAUCGAAACCAUGCGUGGACUGCCGCCCGCCCAGCCUUUGGGUCGAUCAUUCUCGGCAGUCACUCGGCAAUCAUGGAAACUGAACGCUAUGGGAGGUUCGUCCUCGUUUGCGGGUCAAGGGCGGAAUGCCAGAAGGCCCGUAGAGGAAUACAUUGUCGCAUCCGCAAGUUUUUAACCCGAGAAGGACAAUUAAUACCCCUCGACCCCGACGAGGACAUCAGCCAAGAUCAUCCACAAGAACAUCGGCCAGCCUCCCCCCCCCCACCAGCCGACGGUCUCCCUAGAGCCACGCCGAGGCCAUCAUGUGGGCGUGAGGCCCCAUCUCAAAGUCAAUCCGGCCCAACCGACCUUCCCAUCUACAUCAUCGGGUAAUGUGCCAUCGCCCUAGGCAUUGGCCUGGCAAUAUUCGCCCUCGUUCGUUAGAUUGGAUGGUCGAUUGGACCGAGACGAAGGCCACCUACGAGGAUUGCGAGCACUGAGUGGGUAACCAUGGAUUUCGUAAUGCCGCCCUUGGCCUCCUCUUCCCUGUCUUCAUCAUCUUCCCUGAGCUUAGCACCAGUAGCCUUUUUUCCGCCACCUUCACCGCCACCUUCACCGCCACCUUCACCAAUACUAUCCCUAACAGCAGCAUCACCCACACCAUCUCCAAUAGCAACAUCACACACACCAUCUCCAAUACCAACAUCACACACACCAUCUUCAGCAGCAGCAUCACCCACACCAUCUCCAAUAGCAACAUCCCACACACCAUCUUCAACAGCAACAUCAUACACACCAUCUCCAAUACCAACAUCACACACACCAUCUUCAUCA